AUGGCGCUCAACUUCCUGACCAUGGAUUUCGCCUCAGUUACCGUACGCGUCGGCGAGGCAGACGCAUCAGUCGAUAUCUCCGUCUACCGCCAUGUAUUAUCUGCUGCUUCACCCUACUUCCGCAACGCUUUCGAGGGUUCCUUCGUGGAGGCUACUGAUCGCUCCAUAUCCCUGACAGACGUCACCGAGCAGACGUUCCGCAUGUUUCUACAAUGGGUACACAGCCAAAAAUGUCAGCUGUCAAACGGCGCUGCUUUCCCACAACUUGAAAUACUUGUCCAAAAUUCAACAAGGAAGAAUGUGGAACAAACUACCACAAGCUCUACAGAGCAGCAGUUUCCGCAGCGCACGAGCAGCAGCCCAGAUGCAGAGACUCUGCCAGACACCACAGCAGCACUCGACGAGCUCGACGAGCGGGACGGCCUCAAAUCAGUGUACCAUACAAAUCCGGAAUGGAUCAACGGAUGGCGCCUGUCGCUGCUUUCUUUCCUGCGUCUCUACAUCUUUGCCGACAAGUACAAUGUCCCCCAGCUACGAGACGACGUUUUGACUGCCAUGGUCGCACAGUCAAAUGCAUGGAAUUGGUGGCCUGACAUUGAUCGAGAAUUGUUGGACUCUGCAUACGCAAAUCUACCACCAUCAUCCAAGUUCAUUCGCCUCUUCGUUCUAUCCACAGCCUACUGUUGGCUCCCGGAGCUUGAGACCUGCAGUGCUACUAGGAUACGUACGAUGAUGGAGAUGAAUGAAGAGUUUGCUUUUGAAGUCAUCGUUGUGCAAAACCAGAUGCUGAAGGAUAACAUGUCGUCGGGGGGUCUGCCGCUUUGGUUGGAGGACGCUGUGCCCGAUUCUUGCACCUUACAUGAGCAUCUGGUUCAAGAGGCUAAGCAAUGUCGAAAGCGUAUUCGCGACCAGCCGUACAUCUUCACCGGGCUCAUCGAGAUGUGCGCGCAAGAUGCCCUAGGAAGAACGAAAAAGCCUGGCGAGGGAUAG